AUGGACUCCCUGCCGAAGUACGAGACGGAAAUGCUCUACAUUGAGCCAUGGCAAGACAAGAAGGAAGCUCCAUACUACCGCACCGACCCCGACCCGGGCUUCGAGGUCAAGAACUACGACUGGACGCCCUACAAGGUUCAGGUGGCAGACUGUCGGUCCCGCAAGGACGACUUCACCCUGGACGAUCAUGCAUUCGCCUUCGUCGAUGACCCGGAGGGCGGCCGGCCGGAGCUGCUUCAAGCAAUCCGUGACAUCAAGACCGAGACCAUCGAGCGGGACUACUACGCCGCGGUGGAAGCCAUGGUCAAGCGCAAAACGGGUGCCGACAAGGUCGUCAUCUUCAACCACUCCAUCCGGAAGCGGGAUCCCGCCGAGGGCUUUUUUGGCAGGCCUGGAAAGCAGCAACCGGGAAAGACGGUGCACUGUGACCAGACACCCAAAGGCGCAAUCCGCAGAGCUCGACAGUAUGGUGGCGAGGAAGCAGAGGAACUCCUCAAAGGCCGGUUCCGCAUAAUCAACGUAUGGCGCCCCAUCAACGGACCGGUUGAAGACUGGCCGCUGGCGACCAUGGAUGGAAAGUCGCUGGAAGACGCCAACCUCCAUGCCACAGACCUGUGGAAGCACCAAUGGGAGGAGCUCGGCUCCACGUACAACAUCAGCCACGGCCCCGGCCAGAAGUGGUACUAUUUAGGCGGCCAGCGGCCCGACGAGGCUUUGCUGAUCAAAAUUUACGAUAGCAAGCCCGAUGUGCCGGCGAAACGUUUGUGUUCCUUGUUUCCAGGUUUCGAAGUGAAGAGAGUGUUGCUGAUCAUCCACUCGCAGUCUGCCCGCACUGUGCGUUUGAACAUCCGGAGACGAAGCCGGACGCUCCUCGUAGAGAAAGUAUCGAGGUUCGGUGUUUGGUUUUCGGAGGGCAUUAGCACGGCAAGUGGAAGUCAGGCUGUAGAUGUGGCACUCUUCAGAUGGGGCUUGUUGGCUGCGGAGUGCGGAUACGACAGCGUCACCGACGCAGCAAUACAUUUCGGACUCCUUGGUCUUUAG